AUCAACGGCGACGUCGACGACGAGGGUGGCGUGAAGAAAUUGGCCAGGAGACCGAACAGAGUGUUAAAAUGGUGUCUAUAAAGAAACUUGCAAUCGGCGGUGGAGUUAUGUUUGUUUUCGGCAUUAUAACAUGGUGUGGAUUUCCCUCGUUAAUUAGAUCGCAGAUCAAAAAGGCUAUCGCGCUGAAACCAGGAAGCGAGAUACGCGAAAUGUGGUCGAAUUUCCCGCUGCCACUGGACUUUAAGAUCUAUAUGUUCAACAUAACUAACCCUGAUGAAAUUGCACAGGGUCAAAAGCCAAUAGUGCAAGAAGUCGGACCGUUCUUUUACGACGAGUACAAGGUGAAGUUCGACCUCAUCGAUCGGGAAGACGAGGAUAGCGUCGAGUACAGCAUGAAGUCCACGUGGUUCUUCAAUCCCAAGAAGAGCAACGGAUUGACGGGCGAAGAGGACAUGGUGUUUCCGCAUCUCAUGAUUUUGAGCAUGGCGAUGAUGACUCUGAAAGAUAAGCCUGCCGCGAUGCCGGUUGUUGGCAAAGCGGUCGACAGCAUCUUCCACAAGCCAGCUUCGUUAUUCGUGAAAGCCAAAGCCAAGGACAUACUUUUCAAUGGUCUGCCAGUCGAUUGCACGGUGAAGGACUUCGCUGGUUCGGCGGUGUGCAACGUAUUGAAGACGGAAGCGAAGGAUCUGGUGCCAGACGGGGAAGAUCGUUACAAGUUCUCCCUCUUCGGCGGGAAAAACGGGACCGCUUUACCGCAGCGUAUGAAGGUUCUGCGCGGUGUUAAAAAUUUCAAGGACGUCGGUCGCGUUCUGGAAUGGGAUGGUAAGCCUGCAUUAGAUAUUUGGCCGGAGGAUCACUGCAAUGCUUUCAACGGUACCGAUUCCACGAUCUUUCCACCUCUAUUCGGGCCAGACGACGACAUCGUCUCGUUCGGAUAUGAGAUCUGUCGAAGUAUCAGCGCGCAUUAUCGUUAUCACAGCAAAGUCAAAGGUGUCAAUACUCUUCAUUACACGGCAGAUCUGGGAGAUAUGAGCAAGAAUCCUAUGGAAAAAUGUUUUUGCCCAACACCGGACACUUGCCUGACGAGAAAUCUCUAUGACAUGACGAAGUGUGUAGGUGCACCUAUCAUCGGAUCGCCUCCGCACUUUUACGAUUGCGAGAAAAAUUGGUUGGAUUUGGUGGAUGGCUUGCAUCCGAAUCAGGAGGAUCAUGAAAUGGACAUGGAUUUCGAACCGAUGACAGCUACGCCGAUACGCGCGCAUAAGCGAUUGCAGUUCAACAUGUUCAUACAACCGAUUCCGAAAUUUAAAUUGAUGAAGAACUUCCCGGAAGCAUUGCUGCCGCUAUUUUGGGUGGAAGAAGGAAUACUGCUCGACGACGAGUUCGUUAACAAGGUCAAGGUGGUGUUCAAGGCGACGGCAGUUGUCAAUUUUCUGAAAUGGCUGAUGGUACUUGGCGGAAUAGGCAUGUGCGCCGCAGCCGGUGGAUUGUACUACAAGAAUCGCGAAAAUAGUGGCAAGUUAGAAAUCACGAAGGUCACACCCAAGAACAAUAGCAGUAGUGCGGAAAAGAGCUGGCCACCUACUAUGAACAUCAGUACGAUACAUGCGGCGACGGUGCCAGCUAAUAUCGACAAAAAUUGAACACUAUUAGCGAGAGGCUAAUAUCAGUAUUAACAUCGAGAAAAUCCCUUCAGCUCUAAAUAUUUUUUUAAGUAGAAUUAUUAAAAAUGUACUAUAUGUAUACGUAUAUAUAAAAUUGAAUAGGUUUUUUCAAAGACGGUAAGAGACGAUUGAUAAAAAGCUAUUAGAGCUGAUAUAGGGAGAAAAAAAUAGAAAAUUAAAUCUUCUCAUUAAAAUAAUAAGACAUUAAAUAUUGCAGCGUUAGAUUUUGAUGAUGUAAUGAAAAAGGCUGAAACUAUUAUGGAAAGCAUAUUAUUCUAAAAUUAAUUGCAUUUAGCACUUUAUCAAAUAAUGGAUAAAUAAUAACAGGUAAUUUUUUCUUAAAGAAAAUCAAACUCAAGUAUAUGGAUAAAGGGAUCGUAUAGAUAGGCUCAUUUCUUAUAUGUAUAACAUAUCUGAAAUUAAUUAUUUAACUACCUCGUUGUAAAAAAAUAUUAAAUAUCUAUAAAAUAUUAAAUAUCUAUAAAUAUCUAUAUAAAUAUUUUAGUGAGAGAUGCA